AAAAAUUUAAAAAAUGUCGAAUUAUAAGACUUGAAAAAUGUUAACGAAAAUUAAAUUUUAAAGAAAAUCGUUCAUAAAAAUAUUAUUAUUUCAUUGAAUUUUUUUGAAAAUAGUAUCAUUAUGUCUUUUAUGAUGACCGAAGAACUUUCGGGAGUUACAAUCGUGAUAAUUAUUGCCGGAGGUGUAAUGACAUGUUUAAUGCUAUUUAUAUUUGCAAAACGGCAAAUUAUGAGAUUUACAUUAAGAUCUAGACGUGGACCACAUUUUCCUAUUGGACAUGAUAUCAAAAAAUCAUUGAAACGUGAAAUUGAACGUCGUAUUGAUUUAAUACCUAAAAUUGUUUAUGAACCGGAGCUGUUAACAAGUGGCGAUGAUAAGUACAUUCUCUACCGUGGUCAACAAUUACCAUCUUAUUAUUAUCGAUUGAAAGCUGUUGAUGAUGUUAAAUUAUUACAAAAAGAAAUUGCUAAACAAGAUCCAUGUUUAAUUCGUCACCCAACAGAAAAUUUACGAGCUUUUCUUCUUACGACAUUGGCUGCUCCAUUAAAUGGAACUGGUCAACGAUUAAUUCAUCAAUUUUGUGAUUUUUAUGAACAGGCACGUCAUGAUCCAAAUGAAUUCGGUGAUGAAGAGUAUCAAGCUUAUAAUCGAUUACUGUUAAAAUUACUCGAUGCUGCGAAACUUUUAAAAUCAUUUAACAGUCGAAAAUCAUCACCAAAUCGAACACCGCAAAGAUUACGACCCACACAAUUACUGGAUAAAAAUCGUAGUUUAUUGGAUCCAUCAAGAUUACGACCACCAAACAUUUAUGGUGGUGUUCAAAUGCCAAUUGUUGAGGAUGUAUUAACAGUUACGGAUAAUACAAUCGAAACUCGACCCACAACAUUGUCUGUACAUAAAGUGCCACCGACUGAAAAUGGGGAAACUUCGGUUUAAUCGCCUAUAGUUUAUGCAUUUUAUUACUAUUUUUGUUACUGUUAAUGGGCGCCUACGGAAUGAAAAUACGUAUAAAAGGAAAUUAUUGGUUUCAGUCCGAUUUCUAAAAAUCGAAUUCAUAAUAGAUCUCGAUAUUUUGAGGUUGAAACUGCUUAAUCAAUGAACUUCAAAAUCGAAUAAGAUCUAGCUUUUAAUGAAUCGUUUUGAAUGUCGCAAACAUUUGAUAAUGUACUACAAAAAAGCUCACAUUUAUACAUACCUUACACGGGGCUUCUAUAUAAAAAAUAAAUGAGUUAAAAUCAUAUUUUCUAAGGUAAUUAUUAAAAAUUUUGUGUGUGAAAUCCAACGCAAAACUAUAGUUUACUCCUUAAUGUUGUAUGCGUGCUGUGCCCGUCAGGUUACUAUCAGUUUCAUACAAUAGAUGCUUUUUCAUACGUACUGUGUAUAAUUUACAUAUGGUAACACGAAAAAACCUGAAGGCGUACGAUGUAUGUUGGCUGAGUAGCUAUAUAUUCUAUAUCGGUGGGUAAUAACAUAACUGUGUGCUGUGUCCGUCAGGUAUUAAGAAAAAAAUUUUCCUCAUUUCUUCAAAUUUUGUCCUUAAAUAUCUUUUUAAUGGUUAGAUUAGUGGAAAAGGUAUGAUACCUCUUUUGUAGAGCGUUCAAUUUCAUACAAAAAUAUGUGUUGAGAUAUUCAAUUAAUAGCAAGAUAUUAAUUUUUUCAUAUGGGACUGAGGUAAAAUGGAAAACUCUGAUGGGGAGGACCUUCCUAUCAUUAAGAGCUCAUAUUUGGAAAUAAUUUUCUAGAGGUGCAUAGCAGCAAUUUUUAUGUACCGAAAGUUUAAAAAAAAUAGAAGCAAAUGCAUCUCCCUGAAUGUAAUCCUGGCGGCGUCCAUGUGGUUAUUUAAAAAAAUUAUAGUUUGUCAUUUUCAGCUACACUUUUAUGAAAAUUAAGUAUGUAAGAGUUCGUUUUGGGAUCAGGGUCAGUAUUCGCUGCGCCUUUUUAACGUUAGAGAUCAGAGAAAUAUUUCAAUUAUCUAUUUGUGUCAAUGAUCGGUACACAAGAUAGAGUUUUAUGGCUAGAAAGGAGAAAAAUUGAUUUCAUAUUAUGAAUGCGCCCAAUAAUUUUGUGCAAAGGUGUAGAUUUUUUUUAUUUGUAAAGAAACUGUA